UUUUGACGUUGAUAUCUUGUCCAAAAGUCGAAUGUGAAUUGGAAUUGGACGUGAAGCAUAUAAUUGGUGUUGUGCAGUUAAUUUUCUUGAAUAAAAGUUCUUUUAAAUUUAUUAUACCAACGUUGAAAUAACUAUAUAAUGGAGCUCGCAGCCUCAGCACGUUGUGGUAUUAAAAUGUUGCAGCUUGUACAACCUCCGGCUAUGCAAGCAUUAUUGCAAAUGCAGUCUCAGCAGUUGCGUCACAGGCAAACGAAACACUGGAAUCCGAAAUUCAAAAAGUUGCGUGCACAAAAAUUUGUUAAGUUGGAUUUACCUAAUUUUCAUGAGAAACCUGGUGAUUUGACGCAAGAAGAAAUACGCAGCCGUUUAAAGGAACGUGGUGUGCUACCACCUCGUCCUUGGCUCGAGCGUCCAUUCCAUAUUAGUUGCACCGGCGGUAUUUUUGAAGCUUACGUACCGCCAGAGGGUGAUGGCAAAAAGUCCUUCAUUUCUUCAGUGGGUGCCAAACAAAAGCUUGAAUUUCUCGAAAAGAAAUCGAAAAGUGUUAUGGCAGUACGUAAAAUACGCUCAUAUGAAGAAGAAUUCAGCACUGAUGACUUUGCUAGUGAAGCGCAGGAUAUUUAUAUAGCAGCGCAUAAUCAAAUGGCAGCGAAAAAUAAACAUCAGCUACGUGAAUUCGUAACCGAACGUUGUUAUCCAGAAAUGAUGCAUAAUGUACGUGAUAAGACCAUUCAUUGGCGUUUCUUACAAUCGCUGGAACCACCACGUCUAGUGCAUGCUCGUGUUACUGAUAUCGUUAGCAAAGAAAAUUUAUACGCACAAGUUACGGUGCGUUUUCAUACACAGCAAAUGCUGGCGAUUUACGAUCGCUUUGGCCGUUUGAUGCAUGGUAGCGAAAUAUUAGCUAAGGAUGUACUGGAAUAUGUAGUGUUUGAAAAGCAUAUCUCCAAUGAAUAUGGCAAGUGGCGUUUACACGAUAAAAUCAUACCAGAUUGGUUGCCAGCAAAGGAACCGGCACCAAUUACCUAUCGCGUAAUUGAAGAACCCGAAGAGGCAAUGGAACUUCUUGCUGAAGGUGAUAAGAAAUUAGAAGCAGGUGCCGAAAAACAAAAUCCAGAGCAUUUGGAUAAUAUUGAAUCGGGCGCGGCUGUAGAGGCUGUAAACGAAAACAAAGCGGCUAAAUCGACGACGGCAAGUCCGUCCAUUUGAUUGUACUAUUUGUUGGCAGGUUUAAGAAUCAAAAUGUUGGAUUAUCGAAAAAUACAAUAAAAGUGGUUACUAUACUAAAAUAAUGUA